AGAUUGCUGACCAUAACCUAUUGAAACUUGAAACCUGCCACUGGCCUGUUUGACAACAAAAUUGUCAGUUUUGUUGUGGUUUUGCUAUAAAGUGAAAAUUAAUAAAAUAAACAAUAAAUCUAAUUAACCCAAGGAAGCGAAUUUUCGAUUCAGCUACAAAAAAAGCAUUGCGAGGAUGUUUUAUAUUGAUAGAAAACAAGGAAUCUAAUAGGAAAUCAUGAAGGUGUGGUCAAACAUUGUUUUUUACGUGCUUCUUAUAUCAGCUAUAAGUCCCAGUCAGCAAGUGAAAAAAUUAUCAGUUGAUAGCCCUACACUCUGUUCUAAAACAACCAAAAGAAAAUUAAAGUAUGAAUCACUAGUGGUCACUGAUGUCCGAACCCGGAAUGGGAUUUUCCCAAAAAUCUGCAAAUUCGAAGUAAAGUCCUUCUAUAAAUACGGAGGCGUUAUUGCAGUUAUUGAGAAUCUUAAUCUGAUGACAAAAUACAACAGUAACGAGUGUAGGGAAUAUGUUCAAUUUCGAACCAAGAAUGGCAUCAGUAGCCGACGAUACUGCGGAUUAGACGAAAGCAUGAUUACAACUGUGCCAUUGACUGAAGAUGUUUCGCCUAAAAUACGUUUACAUCCAUAUCUGAAUGCUCAAGAGGUUGCCAACAAUUCUUUCAUAGACGUUGAUGGCGAGAUGGAUGUGAUUAUUUUCUUAACAGAGGGAGGAAUAGAGCAGUACAACAAAACUCUCUUUAGAAUAGUGUUUACUUCAUACGUUGACUGUGCAUUGAACGCAAAUCUUAGCAAUAUGAAGGACUGCACUUAUAAUCACAGCUUCUGUAUAAACAGCAGAUAUUUCCGUGAUGGGAAUAUUAACUGUCCAUAUUUUGGAUGCAGCGAUGAAUUCGGAUGCAUCAAAUCGCCUCAUCCGAAGGAAUCAGUCGGACCCCAAUUUCUUACUUCAUCGUUAUCGGUACUUGCGCUACUGUUCGCUGCUUUCAUUUUAUUUAUGUGGAUAUCUAGGAAGUACCACAUGUUCUGUUGGACACUCGACUGUUCACAUGCCCCCCCAACCGCAAACCUUAGCAAUUCUCUAAUUGAAAUGAUUGAACAAACGGGGUCACGUAUAGCUGCGCUUGAAGCGAAUCACGCGGCUGGUUCAGCUCCAAUUCGGGAUGAGGCCAAAGAUCUACCACCCUCUUAUGAUAGUCUGUUUCCUCCAGGAGGCACUCCUGCCAGUUAACUGGAGUGGAUGGUUUGCCAAAUAGCGUUUACAUACAUACCUCAAUGCAAAUAUGGGUGAUAUUUCGUUCUAAUACCAUCAAGAUAUUAAAAAAAAACCACUGGAAUCAGGCUGAAAAGUUUGAAGAAAUUUAAGCGCACCAAGGAUUCGUUAUCGAGCUAAAUUAGAAGAAUAAUAUUUUGAAACUCGCAGUGGUUUUUCGGCCAUUACCCUGCUUUUGGUAUGGCUAUUUAAAAAUUAUUUAUCAACUUAACUCGCAUGUUACGUUGCAUGGUGAAAACUGCUCCCAAUGAAAAAUGCCAUACUAAAACCCUUAGGAGAAACUGUUUGGGUUUAACGAAUUUUUACGCGAAAGCUACUGUGGAAAAUUUCUUCAGACUUCUACAACCUGAAACUCAGUAAUGGGCCUUUUGUGACUUUGUCGAAUAAGAUGUGCAUUAUCCCUUAGUCCCGUAAAUUGGCCGCAAGUCUAAGUUUAUAUAUUAUAUAUAUUCAAGGCGCGGCAUUUCUUUAACAUUUUAUCCUUCCGCUAUAACAGAUGAAAACUGUCCCCAAAAAUGAAUGUAUGCACCUCAUCAGUGUGCUUAAUGCGUUUUUAAUCAUUGUUCCAGUAUUAAUUAUUGCAUUUCAAAUUUCUUGUUAAUAAAUUAUUGGUAUUGCACUACUAGUCCUAAAGUACCUAAACGUUCACAAUAAAUAUUUAAGUGUUUUACAUUAGUAAUACUUAGACUGAUUAGUAAAUUAGAUAAGGAUCUGUAUAAUAUUUUUAAAUCGAUUGAGCGUGCCUAAAUGUAACUAUAGGAUUUAGUUUAUACAUAACGCGAAUAGUGAGUAAAAGCACCAUGCAAAUAUUUUAACUAUGUAGGCAGCGGGGAUUAAUAACGUAAUUUAAUUUUAAGAUUGUAGAGGAUAAUUUUGUACUUUUUUCUGUAUAUUUUUUUAGCAAUAUACGACUGUGUAAAAUAUUA